GGUCUACGAGGGGAGAUAAAACUGUAACUGUACUGGCUUUGAGAUUAGAUUUGAGGGCAGACUGAAGGGUCGAAAGUGACACAGACAAGGCUGAGGAUUGCAUGCACACCUGCAAAAAAACAUCACAGCUGUAUCAUUCAAAUGCACGGCUCUGGUUGGUAAAUAAGGUUUGACCUCGUGGUGGAGACAUUCUGGAUUAGACGCAGCAGCAGCAGCAGCAACAACAGUAGGACUCAGAGGGCAACCUGCAACUCCUGCGUGGAAAAGACACCCACCGCGUGAACGUGCUGUUGUAUGCGUUUAUGCUAAUUAGACAGUUGUUCGUUUAGUUGGACUCGCGCACACCGCUGACAGAGUUGGAGAAACAAGCAGAGGCGACAAGUACUGUCCAUCAUGGCUGGCGAUAUGAUGCUACUGAUGCGAGGCUUGGCUAAGUUGGGCCAGGCGGUCGUGGAGACUCAGAGCAGCACCCUGCGCAGUGGAGCAGGGCUCUCAGGAGUUGGCGCUGCAGUCCAAAGUGUCCAAUCGGCUGCUGAGCAAAGCCUCUCUGCCGCCAUGAUGACAAUGCAGGCGCUGACUGGCCAGCAGCAGACGUCCUUAUCAGAGUCUGAAUAUGACUUCCCCGAGGACGACGGUGUGUUCGCAGCUUCAGAGUUCAAGGAGGAAGAUGUGGACUUCGCAGUGGAUCAAACAGGAAGUGGUGAUGAUUUUGCAGCAGCAGGAGCGAGCCAUGUUGGCGGCAAACAGUCGCUGUUUGAGGGAUAUAAAGAUCCCAGCAAACAGUUCAGUGGACACACCAGAUCUUACCACCAAGAUACCAGACACUUCUACAACCACAGUCUGAACAGGCAUUUGUGGGGACAUCACGUCAGUCAGCUCAGGAGCUACCAUCAGGACCCGACCACAGUGGGAGGACUCACCACCGAAGACAUUGAGAAAGCACGACAGGGCAAGAAGGUUGAGAUCAAAUCACACAAACAGAUGUUGAGCGAGAGAGCCAGAGAGAGGAAAGUGCCAGUGACUCGGCUCAGCAGACUGGCCAACUUUGGAGGUCUAGCUGUAGGUUUGGGGAUUGGAGCACUGGCAGAAGUUGCCAAGAAGACCAUGAGACAAAAUGGUACAGCAGGUGACAAUAAGAAAGGCGUCCUGGACUCCAGCCCCUUCCUGUCCGAGGCCAACGCCGAACGCAUCGUCAGAACCCUGUGUAAAGUCAGAGGAGCAGCGUUAAAGCUGGGACAGAUGCUCAGCAUUCAAGAUGAUGCAUUCAUCAACCCUCAACUCGCCAAGAUCUUUGAGCGCGUAAGACAGAGUGCUGACUUCAUGCCAAUCAAGCAAAUGACAAACGCGCUGAACAGCGACUUGGGUCCUAACUGGAGAGACAAGCUGGAAUCGUUCGAGGAGCGUCCGUUUGCAGCAGCGUCCAUCGGCCAAGUUCACCUGGCGAAGAUGAAGGACGGCAGGGAGGUGGCCAUGAAAAUACAGUACCCCGGUGUGGCUCAGAGUAUCAACAGUGACGUCAACAACUUGAUGACGGUGCUGAGAAUUAGCAAUGCCCUGCCUGAAGGUCUGUUUCCGGAGCACCUGAUAGACGUGAUGAGAAAAGAGCUAGCGCUGGAGUGCGACUAUAUCCGAGAGGCCCAGUGUGCAACGAAAUUCAAGGAGAUAUUGAAGGACCAUCCGUUCUUCUAUGUACCAGAGGUGAUAGAGGAGCUGUCCGGAAGCCAUGUCCUGACCACAGAGCUUGUCCCCGGGUUUCCCCUCGACCAGGCCGCGGGCCUCGCACAGGACCUGAAGAACGAGAUCUGUCACAACAUCUUGCUCCUGUGCCUCAGAGAGCUGUUUGAGUUCAGGUUCAUGCAGACUGACCCAAACUGGUCCAACUUCUUCUACGAUCCGCAGACGCACAGGGUGGCGCUGUUGGACUUUGGAGCCACGAGAGGAUUCGAUCAGAGUUUCACAGAUGAAUACAUCGAGAUAAUCCGUUCAGCCUCUGAGGGCGACAGAGAGGGAGUUCUGAAGAAAUCCAUCGAUAUGAAGUUCCUGACCGGAUACGAGACCAAGGCAAUGAUGAGCGCCCACGUGGACGCAGUGAUGAUCCUCGGCGAGGCCUUUGCCUCCACAGGCAACUUCGAAUUUGGCUCCCAGUCCACCACGGAGAGGAUCCACAACCUCAUCCCUGUGAUGCUCAAACACCGGCUCACCCCGCCUCCCGAGGAGACGUACUCGCUCCACCGCAAGAUGGGCGGCUCAUUCCUCAUCUGCGCCCGGCUGGACGCACAGCUGCAGUGCAAGGACAUGUUCCACACGGCGUAUCAGAAGUACUGGGAGGGCCGCACGCCUCCCUCUCACUCAGCCUGAGUCCAUCCCGAGUGUCAGGCGAUCUGGCGAUUUGACGGACAGAUCCUGGGGCCAACGGAAAAGGGGCAAGUCAGCGGCAAGGUCGUGGUGUGAUGACGCACAACUGCAGAGCGGAGGCCAUGUUACCCGCACUGAACUGGUCAGCCAGCAGCAGCUUAUCCUUCCCCCUUUCGGCAACCCACUACCAUGAGCUUUUGACAGGCACUUAUCCGUAAUUACAGCCAUCAUUUCUUUGUUUGAGAAGGGAACACGGCGUCUGGAGAGCUUUAAGACCAAACUCUAUAUAUGGCCCUGAGAGCACAGAGACGGCUUGAGGUGGAUGGAAGGAGAGAGACGAACAGCCUUGCGUCGAGGUGUAAAAUGAAUGUAAACAGGUUGGAAUUUGAUCUCUUUUCUGAUGAUUUAUGCGUUUUUGCUUUGCUGUGUUUAGUUGAACUUUUUGGAAGUGCCAGAAAAUUCAUGGGUGAAAACAUGAAACAUUGAUUGUAUUGAGGAAGAGGACUGAACUCUAAAUAUAAAGCCGCAGUCAUAUGGUCAGUGUGAGGCACAGCAUUGGCCAGGACCAACAUAAGUGGGAAGUUUGAUUAGAUUGGAUACCAAUCAUGUUGCUUAGUCUAAAUGUAGACAGCUCAAUAAAUGGGACAGUUUUGAUGAGAGCAAAAUUAUUUGUCAAGAUGUUGCUCAGUUUAGGUUGAUUUAUUCAUUUGUAUGAAAUGUGAAAAACUGGAAUUUUUCAGCAUUCACACACAAGAAAGGCUGACUUUUAACUUGUGUAUUUCCUGUAUCAGUGUAUCCAUUCAGAUUUCUGUUUUAUGACUUUUAGGUUUUUAGGGAGACAUUCUGUGGGCAGCAAGUUGAUUCAAACUAUCAGUCUGUUUCAAGUGACCAUGAACCUCGGGUUAAAGAGUGAUAUUACUAAGUUUGUGUCUAAAAAAUCAUGUGAUAAAAAAUCGAUAUAGAGAAUCUGCUGUAGAUUUUUAUUCUUUAUGUCACAUCUGAUGUUUUGUCCAUAUGGGGCAGAUUUAACUUGUGAAUUCCAGUUGAUUACCAACGUGUUGGCAUAAAGGCUCAGAGUUUUAUUUCAGAUUCCGUUUUCUUUUGUUUAGUUCCAAAGCAUUUAUCUCUAAAAAUAUGGAGGUGAAACCAUAUUAAUCCAUGUUGCUCACUGUAAGAAAGACGAGCACAUCAACCUGUGCUUAUUCAUGAAUGUUAAUGAACUGUCGAGAUGGAAGAAGCUCAUCGUGAUAUCGCACGAGCUCAGCUCGUGGGCUCACCUGGCUUCCACAAGUCGGUAAUCUCUCCACACAUCGGGUGUGAAAUCCUCCGUCACCUGGCUGAUGUGCGGCUGUGAAACUUCUCUCUACUCUGCAGUGUGAACACAGUUAUCACAGUCUCUUGUGUGAAGAUGAAAAAAUGGGAGGGGGGGGGGGAUAAGACAAGGUGCCUGUAGUCUUUAUAUUCCAUAUCAAGAGAAGACGGUUUAAAAUGUUCUAAUCAAACUAAAAGUUGUGAUAAAGACAUUGAAUGAAAAUAAUAAAUGUUUGAUCUACUUGU